GGGCAGGGCCGGAGGCUGGGGUGCCGCCUCCUCUGCAACGCCGGGGCCGGAGUCUUAGAACCCAGGGCCCGUAGGGGUCCCCGCGGCUGCCGCGAUGCAGAAAUACGAGAAACUCGAGAAGAUUGGGGAAGGCACCUAUGGAACAGUAUUCAAGGCCAAAAACCGAGAGACCCAUGAGAUUGUGGCUCUGAAACGGGUGAGGCUGGAUGACGAUGAUGAGGGAGUGCCGAGCUCAGCCCUUCGGGAAAUCUGCCUACUCAAAGAGCUGAAGCACAAGAACAUCGUCAGGCUUCAUGACGUCCUGCAUAGCGACAAGAAGCUGACUUUGGUUUUUGAGUUCUGUGACCAGGACCUUAAGAAGUAUUUCGACAGCUGCAAUGGUGACCUAGAUCCUGAAAUUGUAAAGCUUCCUUCCAGAAGGUCUGAUGCUCUCCCCCUGCCACCCCUCUCCACCCCACAGUCCUUCCUCUUCCAGCUGCUGAAAGGCCUGGGAUUCUGUCACAGCCGCAAUGUACUGCACAGGGACCUGAAGCCCCAGAACCUGCUGAUAAACAGGAACGGGGAGCUGAAAUUGGCCGAUUUUGGCUUGGCUCGAGCCUUUGGGAUCCCAGUUCGCUGUUACUCAGCUGAGGUGGUCACGCUGUGGUACCGCCCACCGGAUGUCCUCUUUGGGGCCAAGCUGUACUCCACGUCCAUCGACAUGUGGUCGGCCGGCUGCAUCUUUGCAGAGCUGGCCAACGCGGGGCGGCCUCUUUUCCCGGGCAAUGACGUAGACGACCAGUUGAAGAGAAUCUUCCGGCUUCUGGGGACACCAACCGAGGAGCAGUGGCCUGCCAUGACCAAGCUGCCAGACUAUAAGCCCUACCCGAUGUACCCGGCCACAACGUCCCUGGUGAAUGUCGUACCCAAGCUCAAUGCCACAGGGAGGGACCUUCUACAGAACCUCCUGAAAUGUAACCCCGUCCAGCGCAUCUCGGCAGAGGAAGCCCUGCAACACCCCUACUUCUCCGACUUCUGCCCCCCGUAGGCUCCAGGACCUUGGCCGGGCUGGGGCCUGGCCUAUUUAAGCCCCCUCCCGGGAGGGGAGGAAAAGCCGGGGGUGCACGGGGUGCUGAGCUCCAGCUGUGCUGGGCCCGGCCGGGGUGGGGGUGCCCCGGCCCGUGUUCUUCGCUCCCUCCGUGGACUUUAUUUAAUUUCAUAAAUUGGCUCCUUUCCCACA